AUGACGGCUGAAUUCCCACCUUCUGAGGCUUCUCGUGUUGUAAAGCGCAUUUCUGAAAUAUUAAUUGAGCGCGAUGAAACUCUAGCCGUUAGUGAGGCUGCUUGUGGUGGAUUAAUUUCAAGCUAUUUGGUUUCUAUCCCAGGUGCGUCUGAAUGGUUUCAUGGCGGCAUCAUGGUGUACAGUUUGAAAAGUCGGCUCAAACUGAGCGGUUGGAACGAGCAAGAAAUACACGAUUACACAGGUCCCAGCGUGGACGUUGCACUACGUUUGGCGCGCAAUCUUAAGUUUGAGCUUGGCGCCACUUACACAUUGUCAGAAACCGGAUACGCAUCGCGUUCGCCGAUGUUGAAGCCCGCCGAAAGCGAACAAGCCGUAGGUUCCGUGUACUAUGGGGUUUCAGGACCCAAUGAAGACGUUUCUGCAACUUACAACACCGAUAGCGAGGACAGGUGUCACAACAUGCAACAAUUUGCCAUUCAUGGACUCAAAUUCUUGCUCAAACAGCUCGAAAAGAUAGGAAGUUUUUCAGAAGCAGAACAAGUACACGAACCAAAGGAACCGGACAGUAAGAAACCCAAAAUUGAUAAAACCUGA